GCAGAGUCGCAGACUUAUCACACUGGAACAGAAAGCAGAGUCUCACUAGGUUAGAUUUACUCGGGGACCAUCAGAGGUCGUCAGACGCUCUUAACCGAUGCCGGCACCCUCUUCGAAGCCGUCAAGGCACCUGUACUACACUACUACUUGUUUUUAGGAACGGCCGCCAUGCAAAUGCCAGCUUAAGCUUAUAGUGGAGAGGAAACCGACACCCAAUCUAUCUUCACUCUUUCCCUGCAACUCAUUGAUUUGAGGAAGCGUUCACGAAACGAGGGUUAUCGGAAACUGUUGGUUCACUCCACCUUGAUCGGUACCAUCCAUUGGAGCUUCUUCGCAUUCUUUACGGUAUUGCAAUUUGAAUGCUCGACUUGCAACUCCCAUCACAUGGCGAUCGGACUGCUUUUUCUGGCUUUCUUCUCGGCCGUUCUCUGCGUUGAAUCAAGAUAUAUCGCUUACAACACUUCUCAGGGGAUUGUUCCUGGAAAAAUUAAUGUUCAUAUGGUUCCUCACACGCACGAUGACGUUGGAUGGUUGAAGACGAUCGAUCAAUACUAUGUGGGCUCUAACAAUUCCAUUCAGGGGGCGUGUGUUCAGAACGUAUUGGAUUCCGUAAUUCAGGCAUUGCUGGCUGAUAAGAACCGGAAAUUCAUUUACGUUGAAAUUGCAUUUUUCCAGCGUUGGUGGAGAGAUCAGAGCGAGUCAGUCAAGAGUGCAGUCAAGCAGCUAGUCAGCUCGGGUCAACUGGAGUUUAUAAAUGGAGGUAUGUGUAUGCAUGACGAGGCAGCAUCGCAUUACAUUGACAUGAUUGAUCAGACAACUAUCGGACAUCGUUUUAUCAAACAAAAGUUUGGUGUGACUCCCAGAAUAGGCUGGCAGAUUGAUCCCUUCGGACAUUCUGCCGUGCAAGCUUACUUGUUGGGGGCGGAGGUUGGCUUUGACUCCCUUUUCUUUGCUCGGAUUGAUUACCAAGAUAGAGCUAAAAGGAAAAAUGAGAAAAGUCUUGAAUUCGUCUGGUGGGGCUCAAAGACGCUAGGGUCGUCUGCACAGAUUUUUUCUGGUGCAUUUCCUGAGCAUUACGAACCUCCCCGUGGUUUCUACUUUGAAGUUAAUGAUGAUUCCCCUAUUGUUCAGGAUGACAUAAGUUUGUUUGAUUACAAUGUUGAAGAGCGUGUAAAUGAUUUUGUAGCUGCCGCAGUCUCACAAGCUAAUGUAACUCGCACAAAUCAUAUAAUGUGGACCAUGGGGACAGAUUUCAAGUAUCAAUAUGCGCACACAUGGUUCAGAAAUAUGGACAAGCUUAUUCAUUAUGUCAAUAAGGAUGGACGUGUUAAUGCCCUCUAUUCAACUCCAUCAAUUUACACUGAUGCAAAACAUGCAACAAAUGAAUCCUGGCCAAUUAAGACUAAUGACUUCUUCCCAUAUGCAGAUCGUGCAAAUGCAUACUGGACUGGGUACUUUACAAGUAGGCCAUCUUUGAAACGCUAUGUCAGAUUUCUGAGUGGUUACCAUUUGGCAGCAAGGCAAUUGGAGUUUUUUAAGGGGAGGAAUAAUUUGAGGCCUAACACAGAUAAUUUGGCGGAUGCUUUGGCUGUCGCUCAACACCAUGAUGCAGUUAGUGGAACAGAGAAGCAGCAUGUGGCUAAUGAUUAUGCAAAACGGCUUUCAAUAGGCUAUGCGGAGGCUGAGGCGAUGGUGGGUUCUUCUCUUGCAUACUUGAUAGAGUCAUCAGAUAUUGGAGGCAGGAACUCAAUGACCAAUUUUGAACAGUGUGCUCUUUUGAAUAUAAGUUACUGCCCCCCAUCAGAAAUGGAUUUCUCUCAUGGGAAAAGCUUGGUUGUUGUUGUCUACAAUUCUCUUGGUUGGAAGAGGGAAGAUGUGGUUCGAAUUCCUGUAAGCUUAUUUUCUGCUCUGUGCCAUAUUGUUACUUCAGUGUGUAGCUCUAGUGCAAUUGCAUCAAUGUCACUCACUUCAGCAGGAAGUGAAAAUGGUACCAUAGAAGUUGGACAAGGAAAUCUAAAGCUUAUUUAUUCUACUGAUGAAGGCAAACUUACUCAGUAUAUUAAUAGUAGAAGCUUGGUCGAAGCAUCUUUACAUCAAUCAUACAGUUUUUACGCUGGAAGUAAUGGAACUGAUAAAGAUCCUCAGGCCUCUGGAGCAUAUGUUUUCCGUCCAAAUGGUACAUUUCCCAUAAGUUCUGAAGGACAGGAUACUUUAACUGUUCUCCGAGGACCAAUAUUGGAUGAAGUACAUCAACGCAUUAAUCCAUGGAUAUAUCAGGUCACCAGAGUGUACAAGGCAAAGGAACAUGCUGAAGUUGAAUUCAGUAUUGGCCCUAUUCCUGUUGAUGAUGGAAUAGGGAAAGAAAUUAUAACUCAAAUCGCUACUACCAUGGAUACCAACAAGACAUUCUAUACAGAUUCUAAUGGGCGCGAUUUCAUUGAAAGGAUUCGCGAUUAUAGAACAGAUUGGGACCUACAAGUGAACCAACCCAUUGCUGGAAAUUAUUACCCAGUAUGUUUUCCAUAUACGUAUAAUUAUGAUAUAUGUUCUAUGUUCUAUGUUAUUAUUUGCCUUUCUACUACAAUCAGGGCUUUGAACUUAUCUUGGUGAUUAGAAAACUAGGUC